GAUAUGGCUCUGUGGGAUUCGGAUAUUAGGUGGAACUAUUGAAGUCAUACAAUUUAUCGGGCUUUGAACAUAAAUUAAUAAACGUUGAUGAAGCUCGUAAACAUCGAUUUAUAGAGCUAGCCUUGUUGAUAUUUUAGUAAAUGGAUCUGUAUGAUGGCAUUGAUACGAGGGCGCGAUCAAGCCAGAUUGAUGGAUGGUCCUCGGGCAUAAAAAUGUUGCAGACCCAGCUGGCAGUAAAAAUGGCUGUCAAAAAACCACUCAUGACGCCAGUCGUCAAUCUAAGGGCCAAACGACCCGCAGAGCCAGAAGUUACAUGUUCAGCUCCAAUGACUACGGUUGUAUACAAAACUUUAAUAACUGGCAAAGCCCUUCCGCCCAUACCGGAAAGCGUUAAAAAGGGCGAUUGGGACGCUACUGAUGAAUACGACCCGCAAUGGCCAAAUGAAUAUGAAAAACUCAAGGAGAAAACUAAUGGCAGUGACAAAAACCGAGGUUUCGUUUGUGGAAGCGCGGCCGGAACUGAUCGCGAAGAGAAAGAAUUAGAUCGGAAACGUGGACGCGUCGGUCGUCGAGAAGUCUCAGCCCCUAAUCUGAAGAUUACCGGGUUUGGUCAGCGGCAACUCGAUGAUGACGUAUACUUGCCAUCUGCGAGCUCUGUAGCUAAACAGGGAGGUGCAACAAUUGCUCCCCCUCCGUCCCUCCAGGAAAUAUCAAUUGAUAGUGGUUGCGAAGUCACUAAUUCAAUACCAUAUUCUGCCAGUUCGGUAGCCGCCAAAAUUAUGGCUAAGUAUGGGUUUAAGGAUGGUCAGGGCCUCGGGAAAUCGGAGCAGGGUAUGGCCAUAGCCCUUCAAGUGGAGAAAACCUCCAAGCGUGGUGGACGGAUCAUACACGAAAAAGACGUUUUUCUGCCACCUAUGGCAUUGUCGCCACCUGCGGUUAGCUCUCAAAUAGGGCUAAUACCCGGUCACAAGGCCAUUCCUCCACCCCAGGUGGCGGGCACGGCGGAUGAGAGUGGCGAGACCGGGUCCAGCAUCACGGAGAUUAUGAAAUCACCAAGCAAGGUGGUUCUUCUACGUAACAUGGUAGGACCCGGGGACGUAGACGAAGAAUUGGAGCCUGAGGUAAAAGACGAAUGCAACACAAAGUACGGAGAAGUGAACAGCGUCAUUAUUCACGAAUCGUUUGGAACUGUGCCAGAAGAUGCGGUUAAAAUAUUCGUGGAAUUUAGACGCAUCGAAAGUGCCAUUAAAGCUGUAGUUGACCUGAAUGGGCGCUUUUUUGGAGGACGUCAAGUACGAGCAGGGUUUUACAACUAUGAUAAGUUUAAACGUUUUCAAUUGUAUUAACACUAAUACAAAUAAGAAGAGACGUUGACACUGCCUGACUGUUUUUCAGAAAUGAACUGGCAAUCCGGUUUUACUGAAGCGUUUAAACAAUUCGAUCUCAAUAAUUUUCAAAUGUCGACAUGACCAUGAUGAGGGAUUCGAGGAUUGAACAGUAGUCACUAGAACAUAUUUUCUACACAUAUUUUCAGCGAGUAAACGGAGAAAUACGGCAUCAUUGCGUUAAAGGGUGUUCAGACAUAAUCGUUAAUUGUAGAGUAAAAGGAUAUACUAGACUCCUUGAAAAGUAUGUAACAGGUAAAAGUAAACGCCAAGUCGAUCUGGGCAUUUCCGUAUGACCGCCUCGAUCUCAGAAAGCAAAAAAGAGAUUAAGCAUGCAGAGAAAUAGAAGCAGCACCCACACUUUUGAAAAAUUACCUUAUAUUUAUUAGUUUUCGUAUUCUUGUAAAUUUUGAUCGAUUUGACAAAAAAAUGUUACCGUGCCCACUAUAAUGCUCACGAGUCGUCCAAAAUUUCCACGCCCACACUUUUGAAAAACUAAAUUAAGUUUAUUUUUAAAA